AUGUCUGAUUAUAAAAGACAGGUUGAAUCAGAAAAUAUUCCCAGUACAAGUAGCGAACCUCAAGAGCAAAUAGAAGAAACAACUUGUGAUGAGCCUGUAUUAUCAGAAUGAUAAGCUACUCUUUUCCUGGAAUGUUCUGCAGGCAUAUCCUUGUUGUAACUCACUUCGAAAGCAAUUUGGAAGGGGGUAAUCAAGAGGUUAAUGGAGUUCCCCAGGUUAAAGUGCACAAUCCAAAAUUUACAAAUGGUGAAGCUGUUGUAAGAAAUGUAAAAGUUGCUCAGGAUUUUGGGUAUGUUGAAGAUAUAUAUCAAGUGUUGUGCUCUGCACUCAUUGAUGAGGAAACAUUGAGAAAAGCCAAAGCUGAAGUAUCACCUGUCCAAGAAAAAAUCGCUGAUCAGAGAAAUGAGAGAGCAGCACCUUGA